CUCUACCAUCCAUUCAGUCUCUCUCAGAUCUACAAUUUCUAACAUCUUUUCCAGAGACGUCUUUGUAUACGUCUUUGCCUUAUUUGGUCUCUCUUUCUCCCUUCCUCUCUCUCCUUGUCUAUCUAUCAAAGAACGCCAUUGCCAACAACAUCGCCUAAUCGAAAAUGAGAGAGUGCAUUUCAAUCCACAUUGGUCAGGCUGGUAUUCAGGUCGGAAACGCCUGUUGGGAGCUCUACUGCCUCGAACAUGGAAUUCAGCCUGAUGGGCAAAUGCCCAGUGACACAACGGUUGGUGGUGGAGACGACGCCUUCAACACCUUCUUCAGCGAAACUGGAGCCGGAAAGCAUGUUCCUCGCGCCAUCUUCGUUGAUUUAGAACCCACUGUCAUAGAUGAAGUAAGGACCGGGACGUACCGACAACUAUUCCACCCGGAACAACUCAUUAGCGGCAAAGAAGACGCAGCCAAUAACUUCGCAAGAGGCCACUACACAAUUGGGAAAGAGAUUGUGGAUCUGUGCCUUGAUCGUAUUCGAAAGCUCGCUGAUAACUGCACUGGGCUUCAGGGUUUCUUGGUUUUCCAUGCUGUUGGUGGGGGGACUGGUUCUGGUCUUGGAUCUCUGCUUCUCGAAAGGCUUUCUGUGGACUACGGGAAGAAAUCGAAGCUUGGGUUCACCAUUUACCCAUCUCCACAGGUCUCCACAGCUGUGGUUGAACCUUACAACUCUGUCCUCUCAACUCAUUCCCUUCUCGAGCACACUGAUGUUGCAGUACUGCUUGACAACGAAGCAAUUUACGAUAUCUGUCGCAAAUCACUUGAUAUUGAGAGACCCACCUACACCAAUCUAAAUAGGCUGAUCUCUCAGGUCAUUUCUUCGCUGACAGCGUCUCUGCGUUUCGAUGGCGCAUUGAAUGUGGAUGUGAAUGAGUUCCAGACCAAUUUGGUGCCAUACCCAAGAAUUCAUUUCAUGCUUUCUUCAUAUGCACCGGUCAUAUCCGCAGAAAAAGCAUACCAUGAGCAACUCUCUGUUGCAGAAAUCACUAACACUGCUUUCGAGCCCUCUUCAAUGAUGGUGAAAUGUGAUCCACGUCAUGGGAAGUACAUGGCUUGUUGUCUGAUGUACAGAGGUGAUGUGGUGCCUAAGGACGUGAACGCAGCGGUGGCCACCAUCAAGACCAAGAGGACCAUUCAGUUUGUGGACUGGUGCCCAACUGGGUUCAAGUGUGGUAUUAACUAUCAACCACCUACGGUGGUGCCUGGUGGUGACUUGGCUAAGGUCCAGAGGGCUGUUUGCAUGAUCUCAAACUCAACUAGCGUUGCCGAGGUGUUUUCUAGGAUUGAUCAUAAGUUUGAUUUGAUGUAUGCAAAGCGUGCAUUUGUGCAUUGGUAUGUGGGCGAGGGUAUGGAAGAAGGAGAGUUUUCGGAAGCUAGGGAAGACUUGGCUGCUCUCGAAAAGGAUUAUGAGGAAGUUGGGGCAGAGUCUGCUGAAGGAGAGGAAGAUGAAGGUGAUGGGUACUAGACAUUGCAGUGGAGAAAACUACUUGUUUUGUGUUGAAAUGUGUAGCGAAUGGUGUUAUUGGUCUGAAUCUGGUCUGGUUAUAUGAAAGCUAUUGUUUAGAUUGUAGCUAAUUGGAAUUAGGUUGUUGCUGCUUUAUGAUGUUUCGAAUUAUGUUGUUGCUACAACUCUGUUCUAAUCAAAAUUUCAUGUUCUGCAUAUCUUGCUUCAAGGUUAUUUUAUGUAGAAAUUGUCAAGUGAAUGAUGUUGGAAACAAUGGGCCUUUCGUCUCAUUAUCUUAUGUGUUACUUUGUGUUGUUGAUGUC